AUGGAGAAGUUACCGAAAACCCUUCGAUUCUUCGAAGAAGACCCUGAGUAUAAAAAUUUGGCAGGAAAAGAACUAGCUUUCGAAGCCAGAAAGCAUGCCAAAUACUUCCAAAUGUGCUUGAAUAUUCUACCUGCUAGAGUUCAAACCCAAGAUUCAAACAAACUAUCAUUGGUUUACUUUAGUUUGGUAGCCCUUGACAUGCUUAAUGAGAUUGAAACUUCAAUUUUCAAAAAACCAGAAGAACGAGAAGAAACCAUAAAUUGGGUUUAUGAACACUACAUGGGAGAAGGCUUUAGAGGCUCCUUAACUCAUGAUUUAGCCACGGAUGAUCAUGGCUACGACCCCCCACAUUUACCGUCUACUUAUUUUGCUCUCUGCAUAUUAUCUACUUUGAAAGAUGAUUCGUUGACAAAAAGGAUUGACCGCUUUAAAAUUAUGACAUAUCUCAGAAAAUGCCAAUUGUCAAGUGGUUCGUUUUCAUCGGUGCUUGACAUUCACGGAAAACCAUACGGAGAAAAUGAUCUACGCAUGUGUCUUAUUGCCAGCUCAAUUAGAAAAAUGUUACAAAUUGAUAAACUCUCCGACAAAGAAAAAGGAAAGUACGAUAUUGAUAUUGAUUCCCUCGAAAGAUAUAUUAUGAGUUGCAUAAGCUACAAUGGUGGUCUAGGAGGUAACCCACUAGAUGAAGCCCAUGCUGGCUACACUUUUUGUGGUUUAGUUGCCUUGAAAUUGAUUGGCAGGAUCAAGCAGCAAAAUAUAGAUCAAACCUUCUCCAAAACAAUUCAAUGGCUUUCAAGGAGACAGUUUUGGGUGAACAAGUACAAUAAAGAAGAAUUUAAAGAUAACGAAUACUUAGAUUUUGAUGAUUUAGGGGGAUUUAAUGGAAGAGAGAACAAAUAUGCAGACACUUGCUAUGCGUUUUGGGUUAUCGGGUCCUUGAAGAUAUUGGAAAAGGAGCAUAUUGUUAAUGUGCAAGCCGUAGAUUACUAUUUAUUAAAUGGAACCCAACAUUCAUUGAUCGGAGGUUUUGGAAAAGUGCACGACGAUACACCCGAUCCUUAUCAUUCCGCACUAGGGAUAGCAGCCUUGAAGCUCGCUGAAAGUGAGCAUGUCAAACAUUUGAAAGAUAUUGACGUUCAGACCGUGAUAACACUGGAGGCUAAAGAGUUUCUCAUGGGAUUAGUUUGGUAG